GCUGCUGAAGAAUCUUUGACAGCCCGCGAUCGGUUUCGUCUUGGAGGUUAUCAGACUGAUUUCGACAAGUACACUCAUUUGCAAAUCAAUUUGGUUUUCACGGAAAACUCAAUUGAAUCGCUCGUGUAUGGUAUUCUUCAACUGAAUGUGCUGCACAAAGGCCUAUCUCAUGUUCUGUUCAUCAUAAACGACAGAUUCAGCUGGGUUUCAGACCGGGUCAUCAAGAAGAUGUCACGUGGAGCGUAA